AUGAGUCUUGCCAGAAUACACAUCGCCGCAUUUCUACUGGUGCUCGGGCUCUGCAACGCGGAAAAAACCACCGGAAGCAGAGAGAUCAAGGUGAACGACUCGAGCAGCGUCGAGCGUGCCGUCGCCGACAAUGUGUCGAAAGUGGACAUUCCGAGCGACACAGAGGAGGAGGAGGAGGAGGAAGAAGAGGACAUCGACGAGAACAUCCUACCGCCGAUUUUGCCGCCGUUAAUACUUCUGGACUUCGAUAACGGCACGAGUGACGAUAACGUGACGACCGACGAGAAGUCGAAGCGCACCGUGAACGACGGCCUCGGCUACGGCUUCGGCCGGAACUCCUUGGUCGGCUCGCGAAAAUACAAUUACUACUUUCCCGCCGGCAAGACCGGAACCACCGUGAGCAUCGAGGAGUCCAUCAGCCCGUUCCUGCCGCGGACUAUAAUCGAGAAGCUUCCGGCGGGCAAUCAGAAGCUUCCGGUUUCUGGUCUUAGACAGCAGGAGUCGCACAGAACCGACAAAUCGGCGAGAACGAGCGGCUUUCAGAGCUCGGUGAAUCAGUAUUACGAUCCCGCGACUCAAACGCCUCAAGUGUUCGGACUGCGGAUGAAACUGACGAAGACGCCCCAGCCCGAGACUUACGGGGGAUUUUCUCCAAUCGCGCGACCCGUCGAAGCGUACUCGAAUCACGCGGAUUAUCGAGAGGGCGCGUACGCGUCCACCACGCAGCAACCCUUAGUGUUCGCAGAGCCUGGAGGUUAUGUCACGCCGAGGCCGCAGGCUCACGCGGCUUCGAGCUCGAGCCGAUACGCUUACGUCACGGCGAGCCCGGAAGUGCAACACUCACAGAGAUACCUGAGUCAGAGCAAUCAGCACGCGAUAAGCGUGCACGGUUACGCGAGACCGGCGCAAAAGGUAGAAUCUUCGACAUCCAAUUCCCCGGACAACGCCGCCUUCCUCGAGAACGUCGGCGUUCACUCGCGAGCGAAUCCUCACGAGUACAUUCGCGCGGGCUCGAACGCGGUGGAAUCUUCGACCGCCGGUGACACCUCUGGCUACGUCGAGAGCGUGGCGCCGUAUGCCGAUUUGCCUAGGUACACGGUGGAGGACGGCGUUAGAUACGAAAACAAAAUCUUCUGGAAGUAUCCGGACGGCAGAGUGUCCGAUGUGCCGCCGAUGACGUACGAGACUUACUCGGAGUAUCCGUCGCUAGCCGCGUUACAGGCGGCCGCCAAGGACGCGCCGUCGCAGAUCUACGAGGCAGCUUCGACGGAGAGCAGCGUGUCGUCUCGCAAUCAGGGCCCGGUGCAAUUCCCGACGGCGCCGGAACCCAGCGGCCCGCCAACCCCCUUCGUCUCCGCCGAAUCUCUGUCGUCGAACCUGCCGCAGCAGCACGCGUAUCGGCUGGGCUAUCAGAAUCUCGUGUCGAGUCAGAAGCAGAUCAUGCAGCAGCAGCAUCAGAUCAAAGCCAGCAGCGGGGUUUUAAACAAGUACACGGUGUCCUCGACGACUCCUGCGCCGCCGAGGAAUUUCUUCAAGUCGGGCGGCAAGAGUCAGAAGAAUCGUUACGAGACAUUGAGACAGCCGGUCUUCAAGUACAUGGUGAACAGUCCGAAUGCAGAGUAUGUUCAGACUUACACUACGGAGAAUAUUCUGAGAACCACAACACCCAGCAGUCACUUUAUUUCGUCAGCUGGCAGAAACUCGGCCAAGAAGACCAAUGCGGAUGGCAAGAAUCUGGAGAACUACUCGAGUCUGCAGUACGCGGACUUGCUGAAUUAUAAUCCAUCGAUCUCGCAAUAUAUAAAGAACCCGGCGUCCAUCCUCAACGUGCAGCCGACCUUCGUGCAAGCCGGCAGCUCUCUGAUACCUGUUAUCAUUCUGCGAGUGGACGGCGUGCCGCCUAUUCAGCCUAAAGUCACGCCGAAUAUAAAUCUGAAGGCUCUUCUGCAGCAAUAUCUCGUCCAGUAUGCCAGAAGCCUCGAGGAACUCGCGCGACCGUCCAAUUACGAUCUCGGUAAUGAUCAGACGCCGAAAGAUCAGAGCUCGUACUCCACGAGUCCUCUGCGACAACUGGCGCGAUUAGCGCAAAACCACGAGCAGGAUCUAGUCGGUAAUCCUACGGAAUCCUACAUCGGCAAAACGAGCUACGAAACGAGCAAUUUGAAUGUCGCAAAGGUCGAAAAUGUGAAAUAUGGCGAACGUACAGCGGUUCGGCCGAAAGUGAAAAGCGUGCAGAUCGUGGAGGAUCCGAGAUUCCCGAAUUAUAGAGCUAAGAAUUGAAUCGCGCGUCUGUGCAGAGUAAAAGACCGUGAAGAUAUCUCUUAACUUUCAUGUUCUGUCGCUCAAUUUGACUUUUACUUUAUUUGAGAUAUAAACAA